UCGUGGAUGGAUUGCGGAAAUGCGGAAGAUCAUAGCCGUUGGCCGGGCGACAUUUCUGAAGCCAAAUUCUUCGAAUUCUCCGCCAAACCCUUUCUUAAUCACUGCAUGCAUUUCUUCUCACUUCGCUCUCGAUCGCGUUAGUUUCAAUCGAUUUGCCAAAUUUUCAUCUCUGUGCGCAGCAAUGGCUUCCGCAAUCUCGCUUCCUUCGAUUUCUCUGAGCAAAGGCGUUUUCGGCGCAUCCGAAUCCGUCAGGAGCUCCGGCUGUUUGUUUAAAAAUGAGAUGCGGAGGGUUUCACGGUGUCAUUGGGAGAAAUCGAGGUUUUGCAUGAGCGUGGCAGUCGGAUCGGAGGCGGCUGUUGUCGACGACUCGUUGUUUAAGGACUACAAGCCUUCAACAGCUUUCCUCUUCCCCGGCCAGGGUGCACAAGCUGUUGGAAUGGGAGUGGAGGCUCAAAAAGUGCCUGCUGCUGCUGAAUUGUACAGGAGGGCUAAUGAAAUUUUGGGGUUCGACCUUUUGGAUAUUUGCAUUAAUGGACCAAAAGAGAAGCUUGACUCCACUGUCCUAAGCCAGCCGGCUAUCUAUGUAACAAGCUUAGCUGCAGUUGAGGUGCUCAGAGCUCGUGAAGGGGGUCAGCAAAUAAUUGAUUCUGUGGAUGUGACAUGUGGUCUAAGCUUGGGAGAAUACACAGCUCUUGCAUUUGCAGAAGCUUUCAGCUUUGAGGAUGGGCUGAAGCUGGUUAAAUUGAGGGGUGAAGCAAUGCAGGAAGCUUCUGAUGCUGCUCAAAGCGCCAUGGUUAGUAUUAUCGGUCUAGACUCUGCCAAGGUGCAAGAGCUUUGUGACGCUGCCAAUGCAGAUGUAGAUGAAGGCAACAAGGUUCAAAUUGCAAAUUUCUUGUGUACGGGGAACUAUGCAGUGUCUGGAGGCCUUAAAGGAAUUGAGUCAGUUGAAGCAAAAGCAAAAUCAUUCAAAGCCCGAAUGACAGUUCGGUUAGCUGUAGCUGGUGCUUUCCAUACAAGUUUUAUGGAACCAGCUGUUUCAAGACUGGAAGCUGCUUUAGCAUCAACGGCAAUCAGAACACCAAGAAUACCAGUUAUAUCCAAUGUAGAUGCAGAGCCACAUGCUGAUCCGAGCACCAUAAAAAAGAUACUUGCUAGACAGGUGACUUCGCCCGUACAAUGGGAGACUACAGUAAAGACAUUGUUAUCAAGAGGAUUGAAGAAAAGUUAUGAAUUGGGACCUGGAAAGGUCAUAGCCGGGAUCGUGAAGAGGAUGGACAAAGGUGCCGACAUUGAGAACAUUGGAGCCUAAAACUUUCGGAAGGUGCGCCCUCUUUCUAUCCAAAUCCUUUCAAUAAAAAAGGCUUGUGGAAAGUAGUAGAGUAUUUAUCUAUUGAGUGUAACUUACAAGUUUCAGCAUGAGGAAUUUAGGAUCACUGAAGUUUCUACUACAUCAUUGUUUUUGAGACUUGAAUUUUAUCGUAUAACUACUUCCAUUUACCAAAAGUUUGUGAUGAAUAAAUUCUUCUUGGCCUU